GAUUGGUCAUGUGAUUUUUCGAGGCAAAUUUUAAACAAGCACGAAGUAGGCUUCCAUUGUUUACGCAUUUCGUUUCAUAUCCACGUAAAUACUGUUACUAAUGUGAUCCUGAUUAUGAAGCCACAGAGAGGUAAAAAUUCUAAAAAGAAGGGAGAAGUAGACCCAGUUGAGGUUUACUGUCGUGUUCGUCCACUUGACAACCCCGAUGACAACUGCUGUGUGAAGCCCCUGAGUACCACCGUGGUCCAGCUUAUCCCUCCAGAGAACUCUUUGGCAGUGGCAAGAAAUGGACAGAUUAAAGAGUACCAGUUCACGUUCCAGUACGUGUUUGACGAGUACACAUCCCAGAAGGCCGUGUUUGACUACGUGGCCUGUCCCCUAGUGGACGAUCUUCUCCGCGGCAAAAAUGGCUUGCUGUUUACCUAUGGAAUCACCUCCUCCGGUAAGACCUACACAAUGACCGGGUCCCCCAAGGACCAGGGAGUCCUCCCACGAUGUCUGGAUGUCUUGUUCAACAGUAUCAGUGGAGUCCAGGCCAAGAAAUAUGUGUUUAAGUCAGAUAAGAUGAAUGGCUUUGAGGUGCAGUCUGAGGCUGAUGCUAUGAUGGAGAGACAAAAGCGAGACAUAAUGCCAGGAAUCACCGCACCUAAAACCCCCACCACACACAGGAGAGGUAACUUUGGAGAUCAGGAGAGGAUCAGUGACCCGACCAUCCUGAGCAGUGUUGACGAUGACAACCAGUAUGCCGUGUUUGUCUCCUACAUAGAGAUCUACAACAACUACGUGUACGACCUGCUGGAGGAACUACCCUACGACCCGAUUACUGGCUACAAGCCGCCCCAGACCAAGAUUCUGAGGACGGACUCCAGUGACUGUAUGUACGUGAUGAACUGUGUGGAGGUGGAGAUCACCAGUCCAGAGGAGGCCUUCGAGGUCCUGUUCAAAGGUCAGAAAAGACGUAAAGUGGCCCACACUGCCCUGAAUGCUGAGUCUAGUCGGAGUCACAGUAUCUUCAACAUUCGCCUUGUGCAGGCUCCUCUAGAUCCCCGGGGGGAGGAGGUGCUACAGGACCCUGACAAGAUCUGUGUCAGUCAGCUGUCUUUGGUGGACUUGGCGGGCAGUGAGAGGACCCACAGGACAAAGAAUGCCGGGGACCGUCUCAAAGAGGCUGGUAACAUCAACCAAUCCCUGAUGGCCCUCAGGAACUGUAUCGAAAUUCUUCGAGACAACCAGAAAAACAGCUCUAACAAGAUGGUGCCCUACAGAGACUCCAAACUGACUCAUCUGUUUAAAAACUACUUUGAUGGAGAGGGCAAAGUGCGGAUGAUUGUGUGUGUCAAUCCCAAAGGGGACGAGUUUGAUGAGACAAUACACGUGAUGAAGUUUGCGGAGUUAUCUCAGGAAGUGCUCAUUGCUAGACAACAACAGGUCCGAUUCGACAUCGGGCUCACGCCAGGACGCCGUAAAAUGAAUUACAAGGAAAAGUUUAAAUCAGAGGAUGACCUGUGUACAGCUCCCAAAGUCCCAGCCUUUGAUUUCUCUCUUGGCCCAGGAUUUCCCCCCUUUGAAUUGCUGCGGUCCAGUGAUGACAUAGUUCUCCCCCAAUUAGAGAAAUUCCUAGUAGAACGCCAAAAACGGCGCGAGGCCCUACAGCUGGAUCUGGACAGACAGAAUGAUGAGUUUCGGGCUCAGUUGGUCGAGUUCGAAAGGAACUACGAGCAGGCAAUCGUCCAGAAUGAUGAGCUCCAGCAGCGCGUGGAGAAGUCCGAGUCCUACGUACAGAAACUGGAGAGCCGGAUCAGAUCCCUGGAGCGACGCAUGGAGGAGAACUCCCGCAACUACAAGGAGUCUGAGAAACAGAAGAGGGAGUUAGAGGCCAUGAUUCAAGACAAAGAGGUGAAGAUUCGUCAGGAGAAAUCUGAGAAGGAGAGAUUGAGGAACGACUUCAAAACUCGCCUAGACAUGAACAACCAGCACUGGGAGAGAAAUCUGGAAAAAGAGAGACAGAAAAUUGAACAGGAUUAUGGUGGUCAAAUCUGGGAGAAACAACACAAACUGAACAUGCUCAGAAAUAUUGUGAAUGAGGGAGACAGUGAUGCCAUGCCCGCCCCCCAGGAGACCUUCAGAACUCCCGCACCCAAAACCAGGACCCACACAACCCCUGGCAAGCUUCUGUCUGCCCGCUCAGAGAACGACAUGAGGAAGAUUGGUAACACCCCCACGCCACGAAGUAGAACCGCCACCACCGGGACCAGUCUGAGCGCCGCACGGGCAAACCUCAAACCCACACCACGAUCUACCUCCAACUCCAACACCCCCAAACCUACACCUGCGUAUAACCCUCGACACAGACGGUCAAGGUCCUCUAACGCCGAGAUCUGGCUGGACCAUCGCCCCCAGGGAAAUGUGGAACUAGAUACGGUUCUUCAGCCAAAAAUAAAAAAGAAGAAAUCGGUGUCCAAGCUAGAGGUGAAGGACACAAAGGAGGCCUCCAAGUACAUGCUGACCCACCAAGAUAUGGACUCAGAGGACAACCUGACCACCAAGAUAUACAAGGGUGAGUGUCUGCCCACGGCUGGCGGAGGUACUGCGGUGGUGUUCAACGAUGUGGAGACACUGACCCAGACGUCCCCGGGGAGCAGGAAGAGGCGCAGCUCCUGUCCCCAGCCCCAGGACUUUGAGGGAGACUGGACAGACGUAGAGGACCGCUGUAACGUCGGCAUCGAGGGGCACGGCAACGCCAGGAAACGAAGCAAGCCACUUCCUGGGACGAGAGUGUAGUGUCUGUGUUUCCUGUGAUUUAGAUGUUUACUCUAUGCUUACCUCCAAACUGUCAACAAUAUAUAGACCAAGCAACGCUGGCACAGGGUUUUAUUUACUGGCACAUCAUACCAUGUUUUAUUUUUCUUUCUUGCACACAUACAAAUGUAUUUUCCUUUUAUACCUGUUCGUCACUGAAGAUGUUUCUUGUAGUAUAUGUAUGCUGUAAAACUUGGGAAAUAUCUCUCUUGCAGUAAUUGUUCUACUUAAACAGCCCAGUAUUAACUCCUUAUUUGACGUUUCACCCGGUACAAUAUACAGUCAGACCCUUUCCUCUACGUAAACAAAAUAAUCCUGGUCAUGAUUUGUGAUACAAUUUCAAUCUUUGUGAUGGCAUCAGAAUUAAAUUCAUGUCCGACGCAAAGCAGAUUCAAGUUUGUAAAUAUCUGAUGUAUAUAAUUAUUUGAUGUGUAGGACUUGUGGAUUUCUCCGUCUUUCCUGAGAAUGUUUGACCUGUUUAGUGUCUCCUGUUGGUCACAAACUGUAUAGUUCUGUAGAAUGAUGUGAUACACACAUACUUUGUACAUGUAGGUCGAAUACAAUUUCUUUUCUUUUUUAUGAAUUGUCUUUUGUUUUUCUAUUUUGUUUUUCUUCUUUCUCAUAUAAUUUCUAUCAUAUGUUUUUAAUGUCACAAUUCUGUAUUUUUUUGUCCGAACAAACCUUUUUAUAAGUUAAAUGAAAUAUUUAUGUAUACACGAAAUAAAAAAUUUA